GAAGACUUCCUCACUACCGGCUCGACACCAACGACCGCCCCCGCGACUGAUACUGCGACUGCCACUGCCACGGUGGCCGGUGACGACGGCGGCAACAGGCUUGACGACGACGUCAGUGCAGGGGCGGUUGAAGCGAAGGCACAUGGAGAAGGCACGACACCGCCCGCUCCCGUACCGCACCCUGUCAGCAGCGAUGACUCAGUGGGGCCGCAGUUGGGUUGCGUCGUCGUGGAUUUCGGCAGCAGUGGGCGACUGGGCCUCAUUCCUGACCCGUGGUUCACUCUGGCGGUGCUUCAGGCCGCGUUGGACAGCCUAGGACUGCUGAUGCUGCGGGGUUCUGCGGCCAGCGGGGGGCGGCAGCGGCAGCAGCAACGGGGGCCGGCAGCAGUGACUGCGGGAACGCGGAAGAGAAGAAGAAGAAGAAGACAGAGGAGAAGGAAGCACAGGGGCUGGGCGAGCACGCGGGGGUUCAUCAGCGGCCUGCUAAGCGCCAAGCGCGACCAGCAGCGGAAGCACCCGCCGCCGGUAGUGCUGGAAGAUCCAUUCUGCCACCUCCGCCAUUACCACCACCACCACCACCAUCAGCAGCAGCAGCAGCAGCAGCACCACCACCUCCUCCUCCUCAGCGGCGGCUGGUAAUGACGCUGUUCGGGGGCGAUGUGGCGCACGCGGCGCUGCUGCCCCGCUGCCGACUGGUGCUCCACCAU